UAAUGUGAAUCUUAGCAUUCAAAAAAAAUUAUUUAGGAAAUUUUGGUAUAAUUCAGAAAUUAAAUUUUGGCGGGCGCUUAAACCCCCGAAGGCGUUUAGGGUUCCCACGAACAUAUAAAAUCAGAUUGCGCCACAAAAAGAUCCGUUGCAAUUUGCGGAAUUGCCAGCGGCGCUGUGUCAGCCAUGUUUGAAUUCGAUGAUGCGAUGGAAGCGGAAGCCGAUGGCGGCGCUGUUGUCGAGGAGGACAAGGAAAGCCGCAAGAGGAAGCUGCCGGCGAACGCGGAAGCCGACGGCCGCGGCGCCGGCUCAGCGGGCGACGGUAGGCUUCUCAAGAGGAUCAUGCUUUCCUUGACGAAGCCGUCGUACGUCCUCGGGCUCGGCGGGGGGAGCUUGCGGUCGGAGAACCGCCGCAGGUUGUAUCGGCUCCUGCGCAGGCUCGCGAGGCGGCACAGCUGGGCCGAGGCGAGCGGGGUUCUGAGCGUGCUCUUGAAGGGGACGCGCAAGGAUAGGUGUCCCGAGCACAAUCGGCUCAAGUAUUCGGUGCUAAUGGAGGUCCUUGAGCAUAUAGAAGCCAAGCAUAUCAAGCGCAUUUACGAUAUUUGGAUGGCAAGGAUAGGAUCAAAAAGGAAUUGCCCAUCACAGGAUAGGCUUGCAGUUCAUUUGGAGUUCAUCCUCUUUUGUCUUACUCAAGGGAAUAUUGAGAAAGCACAUCAGAAUGCUCAAUCGCUCACGCAAGAACAAGAACUUGGGAGAGAUUCUACUUCAUAUCUGAUAUUAGGUUUGACAUUUUAUCAAAGGUGGUAUUUGAGUAUCCCAAGAGACAUGCAAAUGAUAGAUUUGGAGCAAACUAAUGCUUGUCAACAAACUGGGAUGUUGGAGGAAAGAUUUGACAUUUCAGUUAGGAACUCAGAGGGAUAUCCUGCCGUUUAUAGUUGCAAGCCCAGCACAUCCUUACAAUGCAAUUCUGACACUUCUGUCAUGAAGGAUAAAAGGAUAUUGGUGGAUACUAAUCAUGAAAGACCUACAAAAGUCCCUGUGGAGGUUGAGGCUAAUUUGGAGCAGGAGCAAUCACAACAUAGUAUCCAAUCACACCGAUUUUACAUGAAUUCUUCUGAAGAUGAAGCCUCACGGUCUACUGAUGUUGGAAAUGUACAUUGUGCUUCUUUUUUAUCUGAUCUAGUUGGCCUGGAUUCGUGGCUGUUGCCAAUAAAACUGCCACAAAACAUCAAGAAUUCUGAGGACUUCAUCCAGCAGUACCUGGAGAUGCUUAAUGGUGAUUACAAGGACGCAGUAAAGUAUUUGCGACUAGCUCUUGAUUCAUCACCCGCAAAAUCAGAUGCCCUUCUUCCUCUGAUUCAGUUGCUACUGAUUGGCGGACAAGUAAAUGAGGCAUUGAAUGUGCUCGAAGAGGUCUGUCAUCAUGUAGAUACUGCCCUUCCUUCAAGAGUGCGAGCUGCUCUGUUGGAAAGUUUCGCUCGUGAAAAUGUUGUUGAGCUCUCAUCAUGCUAUGAAGAAAUCUUAAAGAGGGAUCCAACGUGCUGCCAUUCAGUGGCAAGGCUUGUCACUAUGCAUCAAAGUGGAGAUUAUCAUCCUGGAUCCAUGCUGGAAAUGAUCUCUCUGCAUCUGGAUGCUACGUAUGCUGAACACCAGAUAUGGAGGGAAUUUGCAAUGUGUUUCCUCAAGCUUGCUGGGCAUGAAGACGAUUGCAUGUCAGUGCACUUGGAUGGUAAAGAAGGUGGAUUUAGGCAAAACUAUUCUGUUCGUUUUAAUAGGAUCCCUGUCCAUUUCCUGAGGAAUGACUUGGGCAAGAAUUGGAGGUUCCGGUGCAGGUGGUGGUCGACGCGUCAUUUCAGUUAUAGCAUUCUUGAAACAGAGAUUGCAGCUGGUAAUAUUCAGCUCCUAACUUACAAGGCCGCAUGUGCUGCCCAUAUGUAUGGGCAAGAGUUUGAAUACGUUGUAAAGGUUUACAAUAGUUUAGAAGAGGGAACUAAUGAGGACUUCUUGUUGUUCUUGCGAACGCACUUGCGAAAUUCCGUCAGGCUCCUGUCAAGCUUUCAGCCGAAACAGGCAUGACUUUCACCGUGUUGUUUUCUAACUGGUGAGUUUCAUCAGCAUUUUGUGUGCCCAUGGCUGAGAAAGGUGAGGAUGCACGGUCGGCAAAUCUGAUUUGCUCAAACGAAAAGGUUUAUGUUCACAUUCUGUAUAGAAUUGGUGGUUAGGGGUGGGAGUUGUCACUUGUUUGGGUAAAAGCAUCUACAACGUGCAUACCAGGAAACGUGUCACAGAUUUUGCUCCUCCUGUGCUAACAUUCUCCUUGUAUGAUUCUGAAUUGUGUCUCA